AUGUUUGGAGUUAGAAGGUUAAUUAGUCGUCACACGAGACAGCUUUCGAGGAGUCUGCAUUCAGACAUUGCAUUUGCGUUCGACAUAGAUGGCGUUCUACUGAGAACUCAAGAGCCUAUUCCAGGAGCCUCUGAAGCCCUUAAGCUAUGUCAGGAGAACCGAGUCCCGUUCAUUUUACUAACGAACGGUGGCGGCACACUGGAAAACCAGCGCACGUCUUUUCUCUCUGACACGUUGAGAAUCCCGCUUUCACCAUCUCAAAUAGUCCAAAGCCACACUCCAUUCAAGACACUGGUGCCAAAGUUCAAAAAGGUCCUCGCAGUCGGGUCGCCUUCUGUGAGGGAUGUUGCCGAGACGUAUGGUUUCGAGAAAGUAGUACAUCCCAUGGACAUUGUUCGCUAUGACAGAAAUAUUGCGCCUUUCUCCGGCACAACAUCAGAGCGGCUGAUGGAGAUUUCACAGGAGGCUCCUGGUCUGGACACGGAGCCUUUCGAAGCCGUCCUUGUUUUCAAUGACCCAAGGGACUGGGGAGCCGACAUUCAAAUUAUCUUGGAUAUCCUGAACAGUGAUAAAGGGAUGUUAAACACCAUAAGACACGAAGCCACAAGCGUGCCCUCAGUCCCGAUAUACUUCUCAAACAACGACCUGUUGUGGGCCAACCAGUACAAACUGAACCGCAUAGGCCAGGGAGCGUUCCGUAGCGUCAUAAAGACCCUUUACGCGGAGCUGAACGGAGGAAUCUCACUACAAGAUACCGUUAUUGGAAAGCCCACAAAAGUGACCUACGACUUUGCGCACCACGUCCUUCUCAGGUGGAGGGAGCAUUUGCUCAAAAGUGAAGCGGCACACUCCGCACCCAUAGAAAUGCCACUGCCCGCGCUAGGAGUUGCGCCCGAAAGCUCGCCCUUCCGCAAGGUGUUCAUGGUUGGCGACAACCCCGCAAGCGACAUUAUCGGCGGCCACAACUACGGCUGGUCGACGUGCCUUGUGCGCAGCGGCGUCUACAGAGACGGGGACUCGCUGCCCUGCAAGCCCACCAUCGUCGCCGACAACGUCUUGGACGCGGUCCGCACCGCCCUGACUUCCUAA